UUUUAUUUAUCUUCCUCUUCUAUUGCUAUCUUCGUUGUCGUCGUCGUCGCCGUCGUCGUCGUCGUCGUCGUCGUCGUCGUCGUUCGACAUACACAUUUUUUUACAUCUACUUUUGCGAACGUGCCAUGAGUGGUGGCAGGGCCAAUGGCAGCGAGAGCAGGGGACGAAGGAAUGGCCACGUGCUGGUGUGGGAACAACCGGGUUUGGAAGAGAACGACAAGCCGGUGCGAAAACGAAGAGCCCUGGUUGGGACACGUCACGUAGUAACUUUUAUGAUUUUUCUUGGCAUGGCAAAUGCCUAUGUAAUGAGGACCAACAUGUCUGUGGCGAUCGUUGCUAUGGUCAACCACACGGCUAUCACGGAACAUCAAGAGAUUGUUACGAACGAAUGCCAGAUCGAUUAUACCAAUAGUACUACGUCAGACAGCAGUCAUAAAGAUGGUGAAUUUGAAUGGGAUACUAAAAAACAAGGCUAUCUAUUGAGCUCAUUUUUUUAUGGAUAUGUUAUAACUCAAAUACCUUUUGGUAUACUUGCCAAACGUUAUGGGUCUAAAUAUUUUCUUGGCGUUGGCAUGUUGAUAAAUUCGCUAUUUGGGCUAUUAGUUCCAGUGUCUGCACAUUGGGGCUUUCCUUGGCUAAUGGUAGUUCGAUUUAUUCAAGGUUUAGGCGAGGGUCCAAUUGUGCCUUGCACGCACGCAUUGUUGGCAAAGUGGAUACCACCAAACGAGAGGAGCAGGAUGGGAGCCUUCGUCUAUGCUGGUGCUCAGUUUGGUACAGUUAUUUCAAUGCCAUUAAGCGGUUUGCUGUCUGAAUAUGGAUUUGCUGGUGGUUGGCCAUCGAUAUUCUAUGUCUUUGGUGCUGUCGGUACUAUAUGGUGCAUAGCUUUCCUCAUUAUGGUCUAUGAAGAUCCAGAAAGCCAUCCGCAUAUUUCUGAAGAUGAAAAAAAAUACAUACUUAGUGCAUUGUGGGGAAAUGCUGGAGCAUCUUCUCCACCUGUACCUUGGAAAUCAAUCGUUACUUCAAUGCCUUUUUGGGCUAUUUUAAUGGCACAUAUGGGUCAAAAUUAUGGAUACGAAACAUUAAUGACGGAACUUCCAACGUUUAUGAAACAGAUUUUACAUUUCGACAUUAAGUCUAAUGGCACUGUUUCAUCCCUUCCUUACUUAGCUAUGUGGAUCUUUUCAAUGUUAAUUAGCCACGUUGCCGAUUGGAUGAUUUCUACAGAAAAAUUUAAUCACACUGUUACUCGUAAAAUUAUCAAUAGUAUUGGUCAGUAUGGACCUGCUGUAGCAUUGGUAGCAGCAUCUUAUACCGGUUGUAAUCCGUGGCUGACAAUAAGUCUUCUUACUAUUGGUGUUGGUUUAAAUGGUGGUAUUUAUUCUGGUUUUAAAGUGAACCAUCUCGAUAUCUCUCCAAGAUUCGCAGGAGUUUUGAUGUCUUUCACUAAUUGCCUUGCUAAUUUGGCUGGAUUACUUGCACCAAUUAUAGCUGGCCAUAUUAUUGUUGGCACGCCAACUCAACACAAGUGGAGAAUUGUCUUCGUGAUUUCAGCAGCUGUUUAUGUAGUUUGUGCUACAGUUUAUGUCAUAUUUGGCUCUGGGGAGAGACAAUCUUGGGAUAAUCCAGAUAAAGAUGAAGAGAAAAAUAACAGCAAAGAAUUAGAGGGUGUGAAAACAGUAAACGAAACUCAACAUUAAUGUGAUUUAAUAAUACUUGCCGUGGUAUUUAAUUUCUGCCAUCACAGCUCAAUGCUAAACAUGUAAAUGAGUUCCAGUUGGCUGGCACUUCUGCCUACAUACAUUCAUUCCCUCCGUUAUUGUUUAGCCAUGCAGGGUGAUUGCGUUACAUCGUAGUAGUGUCUAACAAUAAGUUAAUCUCAUGUUUUUUUUUUAUUUUUUUUUUUUUUAAUACGAACAGUGUUUUUAUAGCACUGAUCUUUGCAUAUCAGAGUGUCCUUGAUGUUAGUGUCGUGUUGUAAAUGUUGAAUUCAGUCAACAUUGUCAUUAUUUGAUAGAGUGCGUGUUGAAAUGAGAGAGAAAGAAGCAAAAAGAAUAUAAGAGUGUAUGAGUACAUAGAAAAGUGAGAAAAAUAUAGAUGACUAUAACAUGUUCUGUAAAGAUAUGUAUAUCUACAUUCAACGUUUACAAAAUCGUCAAAUUUCAAAACACACCCUUAAAGAUAUCACAGAAUAUUGGGUUUAAUUGAUUUAGUAAUGAUUCAUAUUCUAACUCUUAUCUAAUCAAAUUAUAAAAACUUUAACAAAUUAGAAAAACAUCAAAUAUAAUACAAAAAUAUUAUAAAAACAAAACCUUCAAAGAAGAAAAAAAUUGCAAACUAUAGUAUGAUGCUUCCAAUUAUUUUCACAUCAAUAUUCUAAUCUUGUUGAAGUACUUUCUUUCUUCGUGGAAAAUAUUAAUUCAAUUACAUAACACAAAAUUGUGAUCUGAUAGAUUUGCGUAGUUGAAAUAUAAACCAAAAGAUAUCAACUGGGAUCUAUAGAUCUUUUUAGAAACUGUCUAUAGAUUUUAUAUUAAUCUAAAUAUAUCAUGAUAACUUACUCAGCGUAUUAUUAACAAAAGUACACAAAGAUCAAUGUGUUUUGUAUAGUAGUUUAGAAAAUAUCUAAUUUGGACAUUAGUUUGAAAAUUUUUAUAUUUUUAAUAAACCUACAGUAAAGUGAUUUAUACUUAUUAGAAAAUGAUUGUUUUGAUUUACAUGAAUAACGUUAAUGAUGAUGUUUGUCCAAAUUAGAUCAAAUUAACGAAGUUGGCAGCAGUAUUAGAGUAAAAGUUCUCAUUUGUUCAUCUUCUCUCCUUUUUUUUUUUUUUUUUUUUUUGUUAUAUCACAAUCAGUUUAUUAUCAUUUUGUAUUGUAUCAGGAUGGAAUGAUUGUAAAAACAGUUGAAAAAAACUGCGGCUGCGGUUUUUUUAAAGUUGUUAUGAAUAUUGCACAAUGCAAUAAUGGUUUAUACAUAUUGUAGAUAGUUGCACGAGAAAUCCUAUUAAGUUAUAGACUUUAGAUGAGUUAUUACUCGUAGUUAUUUAUAUAUAUAUAUAAAAAAAAAGAAGAAUUAUUACCUCUGUCACACUUUAAAUUUAAGUUAUAAAGUGGAUUUGUGCCUGGAUAUAUAGUAGGAUGCAUUUUUCUAAUAAUUAAGUUUUUUCUUUUUCUUUUUCUUUUUUUUUUUUCCUUUUCUUAAAGUAGCACAAACUUUGUAAUCGUUUAUGAUUCUAUUACAGUUUCAAUGCAGAAGCAUAUAAUUAAAGUUUGUAAAAAAAGAGAUAUGUUGUCGUUUAUAAAAAUAAUUGUUAAAAUCACUAAUUUCCAAAAUGGGAUAAUCAUGUCUUCCGAUUAUGUAAAUGUUUACUAUUUUCGAUUACGUAAUUUAUAUCUUCCUUAUAUCGUCUCUAGAGAUUUGGCAUCUACUAAAGAUAAAAAUCCCUUAAAUAUAUGUACUAAAUAUUGGCUUAAUUUAUAUGAUUGCAAUCGAAUUUGAAUCGGAUACAAGUGCCUUUUUAUUCUGUGAUUAUAUAAUAGUACAUGGUUUUUAUAAAUAACAUUUUUUGAUAUAAAUAUAAUAUUUUGUGCUACUUGAUUAUCUUCAUACAUUACUGUGAUUGAAAGGUGAAUACCAAAGUAUUCACAAAUCGUUUCUCAUUGGGAAGUAUUUUAAACUCUCUAAUAAAAAGUAUACCCAAGAUUUGAUAAGAAUUAUUACAGCAUCACAUUAUUGAAAAACACUAUUAAUUUAUGUAAUAUGAAUAUAUAUGCCAAGAUUAUAGAAUAUUUAAAGAAUAGUUACCAUUCGAAGAAAUGUUGUUAAAUAGUUUGAUGCAGAAUUUUGCAAUCCAUAUUUUGAUACGUAUAUUUAUAAAUAUUGUAUAUAGUCGAUGACACACAUGAUCUAAAGAUACAAGAAAUUUUAUUUUCGGGAUUGUAACAUAUGUGAUAAUAAAUUUUCAAAUAAAAAAAAAGAAACGUCCUGUAAAA